UGAGCAGCUAGUACGCAGGUUUCUGGCGUAUUGCACGAACGUCAGUUCUGGCCAGACGGGACCCGGAGCGCAUAUCGGCCGCAAUCAUGACGCGAGCCGUGCUUUUUAUUAGUGUUUUUACUAUAUUUUUGGACGUCCUACACGCCAGCCAGGCGACAAGCGGAGCAGAGCCGCAAGUCGCGGUUCUAUGCGAAGCAGGAGCAACCUACCACCCGCAGUACAUGUCCGCUGCAGGCAGAUGGACGCCCGACCUCACCACCAAGCCACACAACUGCUUGAAGGACAAGAUGGAGAUCCUAGACUAUUGCAAGAAGGUGUAUCCAAGUCACGACAUCACCAACAUCGUAGAGGCGUCCCACUACGUAAAGGUCAGCAAUUGGUGCAAGCUGGGCUCCGGCAAUGCAGCCAAGUGCAAGGUCACUCGAUGGGUGAAACCCUUCCGUUGUCUUGAAGGCCCAUUCCAAUCGGAUGCGCUGCUAGUACCGGAGAGCUGUCUGUUCGACCACAUCCACAACCAGAGCCGCUGCUGGCAGUUCUCGCGGUGGAACGCCACCGCUGGUCGCGCCUGCGCACAACGCGGACUGAGGCUGCGGACCUUCGCUAUGCUCCUGCCCUGUGGAAUUAGCCUGUUCUCUGGCGUUGAAUUUGUUUGCUGCCCUAAACAUUUUAAGGAAAACGUAAAAAUGCACAAACCAAUGGACGUAGGUGUACCAGUGAGCCCCGGCGGUGAAGAGAUGUUGGCUGCAUCUGCUGCUAUGGAUGAACGGGACGAUGAACUGCUUGAUGAUGAAGACACACUCGCUGAUGACGAUGAUGACUCCCUCAACCUGAGUGAUGACGACGAUGAUGAUGACGCUGACGAUGAUAUGGAUGAAGACGAAGACGCGGAUUUAACCCGUGACGAUGACGCUGAGGACGAUGAUUACACCGACGGUGAUGACACCGCCUGGCCUCGCCCCGAGUCGUCUGCCGCGCCUUCCACCACCUCCACCACUACUGCUUCCACUACUACCACCACUACGGCGUCAACUGCUACUUCGGACCCGUAUUUCUCGCACUUUGACCCCCGCACCGAACACCAGAGCUACAAGGAUGCCCAGCAGCGCCUUGAAGAAACGCAUCGUGAAAAGAUCACCAAAGUAAUGCGAGAGUGGUCUGAACUAGAGGACCGUUACCAGCAAAUGAUGACCUCCGACCCAACGGCUGCGCAAACCUUCCGCCAACGCAUGACUGCUAAGUUCCAGGCUAAUAUUCAGUCCCUAGAAGAGGAGGGUGUGUCAGAGCGACGGCGACUAGCGGCUCUUCAUCAGCAACGUGUGUUGGCUCAUCUUGCUCAAAGACGCCGCACCGCACUCUCGUGCUACACCCGCUCUCUACGCGACACUCCACCUAAUGCUCACCGAGUCCAGAAAUGUCUGCAGCGAUUGGUCCGCGCGCUUGCAGCGGAGCGGAGCGGUGCGCUCGCAGCAUGGCGCCGCGCUGCUGCCACUGGUAGGGAAGCCGCUGCUGCUGAACGGGCUAGUGCUGCUGAUAGAUUACAGGAUGCCGAUCGCGCUCUGCAACGUGCUUUGACCUCCCUGCGUCGUCGCCCACAUCUCUAUGCCAGCAUCGGAACUGCUAUUGAAGACUACGUACAGUCAAUGCAAUCCAAAGACGAUAUGGCAGUUUCGCUGAUGUCGAUGACGCCGGAAGCUGAGGAGCUCCUGCUGGACCGCAUCGAGGCUGAAGUGCAGAGGGAGCAGGCCGCUCGGGAACAGCUCAGUGCUAAGAGAGAUCAGCGCACGAGGCAACGGCAGGACAUCCAGAAUGAACGGGCAAGGACGUCAAACGGAGUAAAAGAGAGCGAAGAAACAGAUGACGAAGCCAGUGAAGUGAAUGAGACGGAAGAUACGACCACUGUAUCCACGACGCAGACGUCCCCAGCACCAUCGGCUUCACCUUCCCCUUCGGCGUCUGUGUCUGUGCAUGACGUCACCACUCGGUCCGCGUUCACACCAGAAUCCACUACCACGGAAAUCGUUACAAGCACAAUGACCGAAGCUCCGGAGAGCGAAACUGAGACCAGUGAAGUUGGAGAAACUUCCAGCCGACGAUCAACUAUCGAGACGGAAGGCGAAGGCUUGCGCGCUGCUUUGGAGCAAGCGGAGGAGCGAGCGCCGCCACCUCCAGCACACGCACUCAAAAAUGAACUACAACACACCCAGCCUGGGUACACGGUCCGCGGCUCCAGCCCGAGCAGCAACAGCUCAGGCGCGCUGUACCCCGCGCUGUGCGUGGGCGGCGCGGCGCUGGCGGCCGCCGCGGCCGUCGCGCUCGCGGUCGCACGUCGCCGCGACCGCGCGCCCUCUGCGCAAGGCUUCGUGCAGGUCGAGCAAACGGGAGCCGUCGCUCCUACCCCCGAAGAACGGCACGUAGCUAACAUGCAAAUAAACGGCUACGAGAACCCGACCUACAAAUACUUCGAAGUCAAGGAGUAAACUGUUCACCCUCCCUCACCAACCACCAGGCUUACCUUCCUCCCUCUCUUUCUCUCUUCGGGAAACAUAGGCAACGGCAAGUGCUUAGGGAUUCAGUUCCUUAGCUCGUUUUGCUCGUACAAAACCCUGAGGUUCUUUUGAGUAACACUUUUUUAAUAAAAGCGAUUUUAAUAGUUCAAAAAAAUCAUCUAUCGAAGUAAGGAACCAUUAAUACAACGCCAUCUAUAAAUUAGAGUAAGAAAUUAUUGUUUAAAAAAGAACUGUCAAAUGUAACGCCAUCUAUCGCUUAGUUUCAAGCUAGAUUAUUGAUAAUGGUGCUUUAGCUAAACUCAAUAGAACCGACAAAGGGAUGGAACAACUUUUCAUGUCUAUUAUUUGUGAUGUGUGCUAGAACCCCCGUAGUUUGGGUCAUUUCGUGACCCGUCCUUAUAUCUAUGUCCUCGAGUAAUUAAUUCUUUAUGGAAUGAAUGCGUGCGAUAUGUUUAAACGGAUGGCAAAGCAAGCCUGGUGGUACAAAAACAUUCAUUUUAAUAAUAAAGCUUGUGUGAUUAGUCAACAUAAUUUUUUGCGAUCUCUCGCAAUCAGUCAAAAUAUAUACUUGAUAUUAGAAUUUAUAUUGUUUUGUAUAUGUUAUUUUUUAUGUUUGCACCAAAAUAUUUAUUUGGAUUUAAGGUUAGAUCUAAGUUUCGUCUAGUGUCAUAUAAUUCAUAAGUGUCACCUUGUAGUCGAGUUAUUUAAAUUAAGUUUUCAAGACCGCAUUCCGAGUGGCAACUUACGGUGAGAAAAUAUCUCACGCUACGUUUACGUAUUCUUUAAAAAUGCUUUUUCGCUGUUGACAAAUCGAAUUAACUUCAACAAACUCUUCUAGAUAUUUAUUUAUAUGUCUUAGGUUUGAACUGUAUGUCGUCACUCGGAAAAACGGAAUAAACGUCCAUGGUACGCUGUGUAUAUAGACUCCGCGUACAAAUUUGAACCUAAAUUACUUAUUCUUAAAGCCCGCUUUCAUUUUCUAACGUAGGUAGAUCAUAACGUGAAUUUUAUGUAAUAAAAUGCGAAAAUAUAUUUUAAUAAUAAUUAUGUGUACUUAGCAAAGGGACGGGCGGCAAAGCCGGCGCGGGUGAACGCUCUAGCCUUCGUAGUUAUCUUCUAGUCACUGAAAAAUCUUUUUUUAGUCUGGGACGAUUUACCUCAGACCUGUUCUGUCUCCCUUCCUCUUUAACGUUCUUCGUUUACCCGCGGGACAAUACUCAUAGUUCCCAAUAAGAGAGGACUGUGUACUCAACGUGUGCGAGAGAGACGUGCAAUCCACUCUUGUGAAUUGUGAAGUUCCGAACUGAGCUUCGUAUGAUCUAGUCAAAAAUGGGUGCAUCAGAGAAUCGGUUUAUUUAACGGUUGUAUGCGCACAUUGGGUACUCGGUAACGCCGAAGCAGUAAGCUUAGUGAGUGUAUGUACGAUUAAUAUAUAAGUAGAUGUACAAAAGUAAUACAUUAUAUAGAUGUUUUAGCGUCAGAUACAUAGAUAUAAAGCAAAAUAUAAUUAUAUAUCGCAUUCGUCCGUUUAAUGUAAGGGCUUGCGCUCGUGUCUAUUCCCAGGUACCACACUUAAUGUUACGCCGUAGUUAAGAUGUAAUUCUGCCUCAGUAUUAUAUACAUUUAAGCUUAUUUGUUACAUAAGCUAAUUUAUAUACACUUAAUUCUAUUUGUUUAUGGGCGUUGUGACGUUGCUACGUUAAGAAAGUCAUAUCAGAUCAGAAGCGUCACGGCGCUUUGAGCCCUUUCAUCACUACGAUGAGUCGAUGCCUAGUUCCGCGUGGUCCGGGAACGCAACAAGAGAUGGCGUUACUAGCGAGUCGUAAUGGAGAAGGUAUCGUGGCGCCCGCCCGAGCUUGUACGGCAUCUUCGUAAGAUAACUCACUGUAUAACGUAAGUCUAAUCCUGCAAACACGUAUCCGCUGUAUUUUUACUAAUAACUAAGUAACGAGCCGACCACUUAUUUUUUUAACAAAACUUUUGCUCAAAAUCAGCUGUCUCUCGUCGGUAUUGAAAAUAAUUCCAAUCGAUGUUUAUAAAUAAUAAUUAAAUAAUUAUUCGAUGUCAACAGUAUUCGAUGUUCGUAGUUUAACCCUGGUUUAUGUACCUAACUUCAGAUCACUGUUUCACGUAUUUUGAAGAUAUUAUAAUAAAUGGUUUGAAAUUUUUUGUGUUUCCUGUGCUACAUUUUAUUGUGAGUUCGAAGUUCAAAUUGAAUCAAUAAAUAGGAAUUAAAAUA